CAAGCAGCACACAGUGUUGACAGACUCAGCAGCCUCCCAGACCCGCUGCUCCAUCUCGUGAUGUCCUUCCUGCCAAUGCCAGAAGUCGUGCGCACAAGCUUGCUCUCGCCAAGGUGGCGCUAUCUGUGGGCCUCUGCGCCGUUCAUCCACCUAGAUUACAAGGACUUUGUGAAUGGUGGUGAUGAUCUAAAGAAGAGAAAAUUUGAUCAGAACAGGCUGCAGAAGUUUGGGGACCAGUUGCUACUCUUGCGUGAUGGCACUCUGCCCCUGGAUGAAGCUCGGAUCUUCAUCAGAAGUGGUCCAAUUGCUGAGAAAUGUUGUACGUGGAUUCGUCAUGCUAUCAGGCAUAAAGCUCGUCUGCUUCAUGUUUAUGGUCUCCCCAUCGGAGAAGAAAUAUUUUUCGAUAAUAGAUCGAUGAUUCCUUCUCAGCACCUGAAAAGAAUCAGGCUCCAAAUGGUCACUUUGGAUAGCAUAUCCUUUAGGAUGCUAAAUUUUGACUUCCCUGCGCUUGAACAUUUAGAGCUGCAAGAUUGCAAUGUCUGGCCCAUGCAGAAGAUCUCAUCGAGGUCACUCAAGACUAUACACAUAUCCCACUGCGAUUUCGAGGAAGGUCAUGAGAUUUGUGCUCCGAAUCUAAACCAUCUGUCUAUCCUCGACUCAUCAUUUGGAGGUAUCCUUGUAACUAGGGAUCUGCAUUCUCUAGUUGCAGUUUCAAUAUGUCUAGGCAAUCAAGACGAAAUAUUGGAUCACCGUGUAUUUGAUGGCCUAUCACAAGUCACAACCUUGAAGUUGCAUGCACCAUUACCUGAGGUACGAUGGAUUGUGCUGUUCUUCAUGUUUGUGCUCAUCUACCUUGAUAUUGUCGAUUGCCUUGGUAGGUUAUUGCAGUAUUAGCUGCCUCUUGAUAUCAAU